AUGGAUGCUAAGAAUGGAACAACUGAGGUAGCUCACCUUGAGUCUGCCCUGUCUAAACCGGGGCAUCACAAUUCCACAGGAACAGUCACCUUGCUCGAGGGAGGGGAAAUUAUUUUGAUUCCCACCCCUUCUCCUGAUCCCCGUGAUCCACUCAACCUUCCCAAUGCUCAGAAAUGGGCUAUUGAUAUUAUUCUGGGGAUGUUUGCUGUUUUUAGUGUCCUCAUAACUUCCGGCAUGGGUCCGAUUCUGACCAAUAUUAUGGCCUUCUACGAUAAUGACCCUCGAACGACAGACCUGAUGACCUAUCCGACUUUGUUUAUGGGGAUUGGGAACAUCAUCUCCAUGCCACUUGCUAUGGCCAUCGGUCGUCGUCCUGUAUUCUUGGCUUCUGUUCUGCUCCUCACCGUGGGCUCGAUUUGGUGCGCUGCAAGUCAGAGCUUGGACUCCCAUAUUGCUGGUCGGAAUAUUCUUUCUUUGGCAGCCGGGCAAUCCGAGGCUUUAUGUCCAUUGAUUAUCCAGGAAAUACACUUCGUUCACGAGCGUAGUAGCAAGCUCGCCUGGUUCAGUGCCACACAAUCUAUCGGCACCGCAGCCCUCACUAUCGCCACAGCCUAUAUCGUGAACGCCCUCGGUUGGCGAUGGUGGUACGGAAUCAUCGCGAUUGCAAGCGGCGUAGUCUUCAUACUAUCCUUCUGUGCUGUCCCCGAAUCAUUAUAUCCCCGACCAAGCGACGCAUAUGAUGGCCUCGUCCACGUCUACCACGAAGGCGAGCCCGUCUCCGUUGUCCGAGCCACUCAAAAAACCAGAGUUCCAAUAGACAACACACGGUACAAAGCCCGCACGCUAUCUCACAGCCUUAAAAUAUUCCACAGGCCCGCGGACUGGUCAAAAGCCAUCACCUGCGGGAAGCAAAUGGCGCAAUGUGUUCUCUUCCCUAAUAUCCUCUGGGUGAUUCUAUUGAACAGCGUUGCGCUUGGUAUCUACGUGAUCGUCGUCACUGAAUUCAGCGCCAUCCUCUCCAGUCCUCCUUAUAAUUACCCAUCCUCAGCCUUGGGUCUCGUUCAAGGCGGACAAAUCGUCGUAUCCUUCUUAUUGGUUCCGGUCCUGGGAUAUGGCGGCGACAAGCUAACGCAGUGGAUCGCAAAACACCGCAACGGCGUCGCUGAGCCUGAAAUUCGUCUCAUUCCAAUGGUUCUCCCCGUUGCAGCUCUCAUCAUCUCAUCCGUGAUUUUCGGCCGCGCGGGCUCGAGCCCAUACGAGUGGUCCCCGUGGGCAAUAACAAUAACCUUCAACGGGAUAUAUUUUGCAUUUAUCGGUGUCAUCUUAGUCGGGUAUACAUACUCGCUUGAUAGUUAUCCAGAGCGAGCAGCGCCCAUUUUAGUGCUCAUUUGCGCUAUCAGAGGCCUCAUUUCGUUUGGAAUUUCGUUCGGGGUUACGAAAUUUGUGAAGGAGCAGGGGUACCAGGGGGCUUUUAAUAUUUGCGCCAGUAUUACUGGUGCUGUUGCAGUUUUCGGCUUGCCGGUCUUUCUGUGGGGGCACAAAGUGAGAGCAAUCACUAUGAAGUAUGCAGUCGAUCAUAAAACUGCCCAGGGAUGA